UUUCAGUCGUAACAAACUCCGAACAGUUGACAGACGCCCCGACGUCCAAACAACAUCGACGCCUUUUUCAUAAAUCCGAAAAAACCCUUUUAUCUCUUCUAAUCUACCCGCUUUCCUCGCGUUAAAAAAACUAUGUAAUUUUUUUAAUAAAGUGUCUGGCCUGCCGUGAAUGGGUGUUAGGUGUGGGAUUUGGGGCCCAUGGCCCUCAUGUCAAGUUAUAACACGUACCCCAACACAAGGGGACAAAGGACCCUUGGAUGGACUACGAAAGACCUUCCGGUAUUCUCCACAAUUAGCCCAGCUUCACAUCAAAAGUCCUCCAGUCAUAAUAUAAAAGUGUCUUCCCUCAAUGGCUCUUCAAUAAACAAAGCCUACCCAAAAUCGUCGUCCCUGCAUUACGGAAAGGAUUAUGCUUCGCAAGUACAAUCCAGUGCGAGUAACAAACAUUUAAAUUCUUCAUCGCGGAGCACCAACAGCUUUACCAGGACUGUUCUUAUAAAUUCAGAAUUACCGAUUUUGGAGGGAAAACCGUCUUCCAGAUUGAACUUCAACUGCGGCAAGAGCUCCUCCACGAUGCCCGUCUCUCCAAUGGUGGACUCCUUCCCCCAGAUCAACCUCAACUCGACCAACAACAACACAAGGGAGGACAACGGCUUCCCCCUUACCUCCAUCGAGGCGCUCAGGUUGUACGGAAACCGACUGACCGAUUUUGAAAAGACUGAGAUAGAAAAAUACUCGAAGAUCUGGUACCUCGGUCUCAAUGCCCAUAAGAUCGAUGGGGAGCACGGGGGGUCACACAACGGGGGGUAUGAUGACGACGGUGGAAGUUACAAUAAGGUUCUCCACGACCACAUCUGCUACAGGUACGAGAUCCUAGAAGUGAUCGGAAAGGGCAGCUUUGGCCAGGUGAUCCGAGCUGUGGAUCACAUGACAAACAAACACGUUGCCAUCAAGAUAAUCAGGAACAAAAAACGCUUCCAUCAUCAAGCUCUCGUGGAAGUGCGCAUCCUGGAUCAUCUGAGGAAAAAGGACAAAGACGGAAAUCACAACGUGAUACACAUGCUCGAGUACUUUUACUUCAGAAAUCAUCUUUGCAUCAGCUUUGAGUUGCUAAGCUUAAAUUUGUACGAGUUGAUAAAGAAGAACAAUUACCAGGGAUUUAGUCUCAACUUGAUAAGAAGAUUUGCGAAUUCUUUACUUAAAUGUCUACGUCUGCUUCAAAAGGAAAACAUAAUUCAUUGCGAUCUCAAACCGGAAAAUGUCCUUCUAAAACAGAGAGGUAGCAGCUCCAUAAAAGUGAUAGACUUCGGCAGUUCCUGCUACUCAAAUCAGAGAAUUUACACUUACAUACAAUCAAGAUUUUACAGAUCUCCUGAAGUCAUUCUUGGUCUAACUUAUGGUACUGCUAUAGACAUGUGGAGUCUGGGAUGCAUUUUGGCUGAAUUGUUCACUGGCUACCCUCUAUUUCCUGGAGAGAACGAGGUUGAACAGCUGGCUUGUCUCAUGGAGGUUCUCGGACCCCCACCCGAUGAGGUUAUUCAGGGGGCUACAAGAAGGAGGCUAUUUUUUGAUUCCAGGGGAAACCCGCGUUGCAUCACAAACUCCAAGGGCAGGAAACGGAAACCAAACUCCAAAAACUUAUCAAUUGCUUUGCGGUGCAAUGAUCAACUUUUCAUUGAUUUCAUAUCUCGAUGCCUUGAAUGGAACCCAAAACGGCGUUUAAGCCCGGACGAAGCACUACGCCACCCGUGGAUCCUCUCGGCCACCUCCCACUCCUCGCAAAAAAGUCCGGGCGACUUGCGGCACAGUCAUUCCGAAGCCUCCAUGGGCGGCUGCCUGGACAGCGGCCACUCGUCGAGCAGCACUUCCGGCGGAAGCCACUCGCGCACCCACCAAAAAUGCCACGCGCAGGAGAAAAUCGUCAAGGCGAAAAUCAUCGAGAGCAGACUGCACGACACCAGAGUGCAGGAGACCUCCCUGAUCAACGGCCACAAGCUGGACUCGAACCUCAACGACUCCGGCACCUUUUUACCGCCCAUACUGUAAAGGGGUUCUGUUAGACGUCGUACACUUUUUCUAUGUGUAGUUAUUAAUUAAUGGUCCAAUAAUUUUUAACCCUUAACGAUUUUAACACGAUAAGUUGUAGCUCAAAUGUAAUCAGUCAGGGGUUUCCGAUUUUCCAGAGGCGUACAUGUAAUUUAUUUCAACGAACUGUAUAUUUGGGCCAACGAUUUUAUUAAUCCAUGACCAAUAUUGCUGUUUAAAUUUUAAGUAAGUUUUAAUGAAUAAAAAAUGUUAGCUACAUUGUUUGUUACCAAUAUACCUACGGUUGUUAGAACCAUUAUACACUAGAGUGAUUCAAAAAAAUCGAAUAUUUUUUUUACUUUCGACACUGAAAAAUUGCUAGUGCUCACCUUAAUAUUAAUAGGAAGAACCUCUUCAUCACAGAUUUCCAAUUUUUUAAUAGUCUCUUAUAAAAA